AUGAAGUGUGAGCAGUGGGAGCAGGUCUUGAACACGCUCGAGGACAUGGAGAAACACGGUUUCCAGCCCGACUUGAUAUCCACAGGAAACGGCUUCCAGACUUCAAACAACGAGGACAAUCUGGCGGGCGCGCAGAUGGGCGCCGACAUCGAGGUAGACAACAGCGACGGCGAGAGGGGCGGGCAGACGGCAGCGGGGCGCCGCUGGCUGGACCAUGCAGCGCGGUUCUACCCGAGGCUUCGGGCACACUUCAGCCAGGACCUGGAAGUGUGCCGCAACUUUGACGGCUUGCGUCGGCACCUUCAGGCGCGCCUGCGCUCGCUCUCCUGCCACCCCGACGCGGUGUCUUACGCGGCGGCCGUGGCAUCGUGCGAGAGGCGCAAGCUCUGGGCCGAGGCCCUCGGCCUCCUGGAGGACAUGCGCCUGCCAGAGCGCAGGCUGGCGCUGGACGUUGUCGUGCUUAACGCCACCAUAAGUGCGUGCGAGAAGGGCCGACACUGGGAAGAGGCUGUGCACCUCCUCCGCGAGAUGGAGCAGCGUGGCCCCAGGCCAGACCUGGUCACGUACAACUCUACCAUAAGCGCUUGCGAGAAUUGCGGCGAGUGGUCGCAGGCCCUCUCGCUCUUCGCCCGCGUGCGGCGCGGCGGCCUCCGGCCUGAUUGCAUCACCUUCAACACCACCAUCAGCGCACUGGAGAAGGGACGGCAGUGGGAGCAGGCGCUGCACCUCCUCCGCGAGCUCGGCCCGCUCGGCGUCAGGCUCGACGCCGUCACCUGCGCCGCCUCCGUGAGCGCGUGCCGCGCUGGGGCGCAGUGGGUCCGCGCCGUGCUGCUGCUGGUCGAGACGGGCCGCGCCCGUGGGGAGUCCUGCGCGAUCGCCCUCGCCGCCGCCGUCAGGGCCGUCGAGGAGGCGCCGCGCCCUCCUGGAUGGCAAAGGGGCCACGGCUGCGACGGCCCCGGCCCGACCGGCCUCGCGAGCGGAGGCAGCGGCGAGGCGCAGCGCCCGGGCCCGCUGCAGCGCCUGCUGCGGCGCGCCGCGGGCGGCGCCGCGGGCGGCGCCGCGGGCGGCGCCGCGGGCGGCGACGGGCUCGAGUCUGGCCUGCUCGGUCACUCCGUCUAUCCGCUCGGUCAGUUCGGCUCGCUCAGUCUGCGCAGUCUAGUGUUGCUGGACAUCUCAGUAUGUUCCAUCCGGUUCUGCUUGCGACGCCGGACCGCGCAGCAGAUGUUGCCACAGUGGGCUCGGCCUCGACGGGUCGACCCGGGGCCGCUGCCGAAGUGCGACGAGCAGGACUUCAGCGAGCUCGUCGAGGACAGCGAGCCAGAGCCCGACAAUGAAGCGGAUGCCGUCACAGGAUCCAUCGUCGCCAGAGUUGUUUUCAAAUUACGGUUCUGUCUCAUUGCUUUUUGGGUCAUCUCGGCAGCAUGCUUGGCACCGUGCGCGUACUUGCUGCUCCUCAACGCGGCACCGAUGACGAAGGAAGCACCGCGGGGCACCGAAAGCAGGGAGGCCCUGGAGCUCUUCCAGCGGCACUUCCCCGACCUCUCGCACGUGAGACGCGAGAUGGUGGUCAUAAGUUGCCGCACCAACUGCGCGAGCGCUGCCAGUGACGCCAGCCGCGGCAUAGUCUCCGAGAUCUCCUCUCUGGUUCUACGCUUUAACAGCACGUACCCGAACGCAAACGUGCGCGUCAACUCUUAUUUCACCUUCACCGGGCACCACCAGUUGGGGGACAACCCGCUGAUAUCAAAAGACAAGCAGAGCAUCCUCCUCCUCUGGGUUUGGAGCGUCCCUGACGACAUGACCAGCCAGUCUGAAGAUCUGAUUCGUACAGUUUCGACACUCGUAGAGGAGAUCAACAUGUUUCAGGGGGCCGAUGGACUCUCUGUCCGUCUUACUGGGCUCGUGACGCUGGAUCUCGCGAUGAAAGAGACCAUCAUCGAAGAGGUGCCUGUUCAUGAGGCCACCACGAUAUGGCUGCCCUUCCUGAUCCUCGCGCUUGCCCUGCGCAGUCCCCGGAUGCUCAUGCUGUGUUUAGUGUCUCUGCCUGUGGAAAUCCUCACCGCCUUCGGCAUCACCUAUUUUGUGUCGCUCAAGAGCACUGUGAUGUUCUACUGCAUCAUGACAAUGCUCAUGCUCUGCACGUCCCUCUCGUUCGACUACUCCCUUUUCCUGCUCACCCGCUACGCCGAGGAGCGCGCCGCGGGAGAGUCCGUGGAGCAGGCCCUGGUGACGACCCUCUCCCAGAGCGGCCGCGUCGUCGUCGUCUCCGCCACGGUGCUGGUGAUCGCGUGGGCCUCGUCGCUGCUGCUCCCGGCGCCCUUCAACACGUUCAGCCUCGGCACGCUUCCAGUCGACGCAAUCGCGCCGGACCUCGACCUCGACCUCUGGGGGCCCAUGUGGGACCCAGGCAAGUCCCUGAAGGCGGAGACGAGGCUCUUGGUGGGCGCGUCGCCUUCCGCGUGGGACGAUUCCGUGGCCAAGGCAGAGGUGCACAAGCACAGCCUCGGCUACUGGAUGGGCAAGUGGCUGGUCGUGUUUCCGUGCAACGUUGCUGUUCCUGUCCUCGUGUACGGGCUAAUGAUGCCGCUGACGCUCAGGAUGGGCAAUAAUUUCAGUCUUCUCGAGUUCAGGUUCACGAUGGGGCACAGCUACGAGGGUGGGAUCCCCAGGCACUGCGAGGCGUGGAGGACAGCCCUCGACAUACAAGAGGACUUUCCCAACUCGGCCGGAAUCAUGAUGCCGAUGCUCAUCAUCGGGACGGGCUCCGUACCGCCCCGAGCCGCGCCCGACCCGGGCGCGAAGGCGAGCAGCCCGCUGGCAGCUGGCACGGCGGUCGCAGGCCCCGUCGACGCCCAUGGCGGUGUGCGAGGCGGAGAGAGGGGUCUGGACGCUCUGGACGUGGACGUGGAGGGUGACGCAUUCUUCGAGGCGAACUGCCACAUGGUCGACUCGCUCAUCCGUGCGACCCGCGGCACGCCCUACGCGCUUACGGUGGAGAGCUUCGUGAGUGCGACGUUCCACGAGGAGGACUCCGAGGGGGGCGUGGAGUGCAUGGCGCCCGAUCUGAUCAACGCGAUCCGCACCAGCUACGUCUCGAAGAAUGUGCUGCUGACGCACACGGCGGAGAACCUGCAGCGGCUGUGGGAUCAGCUGGUCAGCCAGGACGGCAGUGCCAUGCUCACGUUCGCCUUCCCCGACAUGGAUCCGUUCAGUGCGGACGCCUUCUCGUUGACGGGCGUGGUCCGUGAGGCGCUGAAGAACGAGACCAGGAUGGCCUCGGCGAAGAGCAAUCCGACCAACCCGGGACUCACGUUCACGGUCUUCUCGCCCAGCGCCGUGCUUGUGGACUUCGUCGAUGUGACCUCGCGCAUGCUGCCCCUCAGCUUCGCGAUCUGUGUCUCGCUGAUCCUGCUGCUUAUCGCGGUGUGGUUCGGGGCAGUCCUGGUGCCCAUGAAGCUCUUCCUGACCGUCGUCAUCCCGAUCACCUGGACGUACGGCGCCGCCCUGUACGUGUACGAGGAUGGGGCGCUGGCCUGGCUGGGGUGGCCCGCCCUCGCUCCAGUCGGAGACGCCGGGCUCGACUGGAGCGUGCCCGUGAUGACCCUGACGUUCAUCGUCGGCCUGGCCUUCGACUACGAGAUCUUCCUGCUGGAGCGCGUGCGGGAGUUCCGCGAGGAGGGCUUCUCCGACCAGGAUGGACUCUGGCGCGAGCUCAUUACAAUCCGAUUGAACUCAGAUUUCUGCGAUGUUUGGCUCCUGGAGGAUGCGAUUCUGUUCGGGCUUGCCGCCACCAGCGAGACAAUUACAGCCGCAGGAAUGAUUAUGGCGUUCACGUUCGCCGCCGAACUCUUGGGAAGCAUCCCCGUGAGCAACCAGCUUGGCUUCGUCCUCGUCUUCAGUAUCGUGGUCGACACGUUCGUGGUACGACUGCGGGCUGCCGACCCCGCCUGCGGGCCGCGCGAAGGGUGCCAGCGGCGCACCCGCCGCCGGCAGCUUCCCGACCUCGCGAACCUGCGAGGUGGCACCGACCUCUGCCAGGAGUUGGCCGACUGGAAUUCCAGGGGGGGUUCCAGCGAGAGGACCGAGGCGGAGGCCGCGACGCCGGAGGCCGCGAAGCCGGAGGAUGCGAAGGCGGAGGAAGACGCUGCCCCUGGCACGUGCGACAGCGAGUGCGAGCACGACGGCCAGACGGCGACCUGCAGGUACCGCGUCGAUUGGGUUUCGAGCCACAAGUACGGCGGGCAGGCCACCGCCUGCGCACUGGCGCACGCCAUGGUCCAGGGCCAGUGUCCGAGCUGCGCCGGCUGCCAGCUCGCCAACCUUGGCUGUGCCGCGGAGGUGCCGACCACACCCGCGCCAGCGCCGACGACGCCGUCAACCACGGAGGCGCCGAAGCCCAGCUCCACGAAGAUCUUGGGCUGUGACAGCGUCUGCGAAUACGAGGGACAGACGGCGACCUGCAAAGAGCGCGUGCUCUACGCGGCGGCGAACGAGUACCUCGGCGAGGCGGACGGCUGCGCGUCCGCACACAUCCUGGUGCUCUACCAGUGUCCGAAUUGCUUCUCCUGCGCCGCGGCUCACACUGGCUGCGUGGCGGUGAUGGAAACGUCAACUUCGUUGGUAAAGACAUCCACUACGACUACGAUGAGAACCUCACCCAAACACAUUGGCCAGACGGGCAUGGAUCGCUUGCUUCUGAAUGUGCACUUGUUGAUGCAUUUCCGCUUUCAAGUGUUCAUGGGCCAGGCAAGCCCAGACAAGCCAUUGGGCAGUACAGCGGGGGGUAAACGCCUCUUCCCCUCUUCACACACCUUAUGAAGCACGUGGCCAGGAAUGGACCACGCGUGUGAAAGGAGCGCAGUGUGUGCAGAGGAGAUAGAAUGUGAAUAUGCGGUGCAAGGGAUGGCAUAAACGAGCGCGCCUCUGCAAGUGCCAUAAACAGCAGUCGGACAGCCCAGUGAGAGGCGAUGGCCCCUGCAACCUCUGAGCCGUAUCUCUUCUCGUGAGGGAAACAUGAUAAAGAACGAAUCGACGGAACAUUAGCAGUUGGCGGGAGUUGCUUGUUUUUUAGCGGAAGCCGUUGCAACAUUGGUGCAAGUCGUUUGUCCCAGUACAAGGAUUCGUGGUUCAAUGUCCCAUAUGGGCGCCGAACAUAUACGAACGCAUGUAUUGCUCCUGCGUGUCAGUUCAGCAAGGGUGCGC